UGUUACACUUCUCCAUCUUCCCCUUUGCUGCCCGUCAAGCGGCUGGAAGGAGACGCGAGGCAGCUGUCGCGGUUUUAACUGACAAAAGAUGGCCUGCGAAGUGUUUUCUUCCGCGUUUAAGAAGCAAAUCGCGACCACGAUCGAGCGCGAGGUACGAAGUGCAUCGCGGGCCGUAUUCACAAAAUGUUGCGACUACUUGGAUGGCGGAUUGCCUCCGCAAGCUGCGAAACUUCAGGAGAGUCUGGUGAAGACGGAAUCCGAGAUGGAAAGCCACUUCGCGUUUGUCAUCGAGGAGGAAAUGCUGGCAGCGGUGGAGGUGAUCGUGACCGAGUUUACGGAUCACGUCGAGGAAAAACUCGCGUUUCUUCAGUUCAACAUGUCGGAGAGAAAUAAAGAGAUUGCGGAUUUGAAACGGCAGCUGAGCGACAUUCAGGGCGACGUGAGCGCGGAGCGGAAAACUCCGUACCCUGCAGAAGCGGUGGCCACACGGACAGAAAAAGAGGAGGAUGAGUUUCUCUAUGCAGGCCCCCACAGUGCAUUGGAUCACUUGGAAGAUGAUUUCUGCAAAGUUAUCCAGGAGUCUUCAGGGCUAGUCAUAUCUAGAGUUGAAGGCGGAUUUUGUGGGCCAACUACAGAGCCUAUUGAAGAAAAGAGUGUGCAGCCAGGUACCUCUUAUCAAGGAGAUUAUCUUCAGGAUGUCAAAUCUGUCUAUAUUAGUAAAAGUUCUUGUAGCCAAGCCCAUGUCCACUCUGAAAUACCUGAUUCUACUGUGCCAGAGAGCAAUCAAAAGCCAGAGGUGACUGAAUUUGAUUGUGAACACUCCCGUCUUGUUUUGGAUCAGACACAGAUUCUGUGUAGGUCUCCGGUUUCAGUUUGUGACCCUCUACUGCCAACAUUAGAUAAAGAACACAGCACAUCUUUGUCUGCCCACUGUGUGAGCGAGAUUCCAGAAGAAGGCUUUGCUGUAGAAGAGGAGAGACAAGACACCAUGCUUACAGAUAACCAGCCUCAAUCAGUAGAUCUUCUUGAAGACUUGUCCGAUUUGGAUGAUUAUCCUGAAGGAGGUUUAGAAGAUCAGGAAGAUGAAUCCCUUGCUUUGGAACAUCAGGGUCAAACUGGAGAAUAUAAAGAGGGGUUGGCCUCACCUGAAAAAGAUGCUCACAAGCAUGGUCGCCAUUCUUUAUCAUUGCCUGGAGAAGCAUGUGCUGAGGACACACCAAAUCGGAAGAAACAGAGGGAAGCAGCAAUAGAAAAUGAAAGCGAGGACAAAUCAUGUAGUGUGCAGGAAGCCGAGUCAUCUCUGCACUGCAGCCCUCAGCCUAUAGUGAAGCUGACAAGAAUCGACGCUUCUCAGAAAGUUGAGGCUAAUGUGGUCCUGUAUCUCUGCAGAAUAUGUGGGAGACAAUUCAAGAAUAAAAUCAUUCUUCAAAUGCACCUGUUGAUUCAUGGUAAGAAGAGGCAAUAUGGUUGUUCCGAUUGUGAAAAAAAAUUUGUGUAUAAAACAUCACUUGAAGUACAUAAAAGGACUCACACUGGGAAGCAUUUAAAUGUCUGUAAUGAGUGUGGAAUGAAAUUCAUCAAGAUUAGUCAUUUACAGAGGCAUCAGAAAAUUCACACUGGUGAGAAACCUUUUAUUUGUGAUGAAUGUGGGAAGCAUUUCAGGGCCAAAGACAACCUAGUGCAGCACCAGAGGACUCAUAUCGUCAAGGUCACCAAACCAUACAGUUGUUCUGAAUGCGGGAAGAAGUUCAGUAGGGGAGAUAACCUUUUCCUUCACCAAAGAAUUCACACUGGAGACAAGCCGUUUGUUUGUGCUCUGUGUGAUAAAAGGUUCUUGUCGAGCACUCAUCUUUAUUCGCACAUAAGAAGUCACACUGGUGAAAAACCAUACCGCUGUCCAGAAUGUGGGAAAACCUUUUCAGGUGUAAGCAACCUGUAUAGACACCAGAUAACUCACAGAGAUGAAAGAGCAAAGCGCUUCACUUGUGGCGUAUGUGGGAAAGGCUUCAACAGGACUGAUUACCUACGCAGACACGAAAGGAUUCACUCUGGAGAGAAAUUAUUUCCUUGCCCCGAAUGUGGCAAGACAUUUGCUCAGAAAAGUAAUCUUGAAUCUCACAAAAGAACUCACACUGGAGAGAAGCCCUUUGCUUGCCCUCAGUGCGGCAGGAGAUUUUCACAGAAAACAAACCUGAAAACGCACUAUAAAGUUCACACUGGCGAAAGAUUUAAGAAAUAUAAAUAAGAAAACCAAGAAGAACCCAAACAUAUGAAACAGAGCAAGAAGGAACACAAACUGAUUUGAGAAAAGAUUCAAAGAUCGGAACCCACUACUGCUAAUAGUACUUCAGUGUUAAAAUCCAUUAACUGUUUUAGUGAUGAGCAGAAGCAUGUUAUAAGAGCUCAUUGCUCAGUAAAAUAAUGUGCGAUGCAGUACCAUCGAGAAUGAUUCUGGACUUCCUCACUUGGAAGAUAUUGUGGGGAAAACCCGUAAAUAACAAUUUGUCUUCAAGUAUUCUGUGACAUGUAAUUUGAAUAUAUUGUCUUGGCUAAACUA